CCCGCCACGGGCAGGCAACACGGGGAGAGCCGCAGACAACAUCGACGCAGGCAACCCACCACCACCUCCUCCUCCCCAUCCUCUUCCGAUGCGCGCGCGCGCUCGACUCACCGGCAUCCCAUCCGUGUCUUUAAGCAAGCGAUCAUAUUAUGAGCGUGCUCUCCGUCGUUUUUAAACCUGGAACAUAGCAAAAAAAUUAUACUAUUAGUUGUAUAAUCAAUAGAGCUUUCAUGAAUCAGUAGCAGCGAGAGAGAGAGAGCGAGAGUGUGUGUGUGUAGGAGUAUUCGAGUUCUCACAGCACGAUCCGUGUUUCAUUCACUCAUUGUUUUUGGAUCUAGGCGGGGAUAGCGAUAUAGCCCCUCGGGCUGGGGAAUUGCUAGGUGUGUGUGUGUACAUACAUAUGGUGUGUAGAUAGGGUUGGCUGGCUGGCUCUGCGUGUUGAAGAGCGAGGCGAGCGGCAUGGAGGACGGGUUACCAGCGGGUCGCCUAGCGAGUUAAAACGACGUCGUGAAUAAGUUUGCGUCCGGCUCAUGUCUCGUCUGGGUCUUUGGCCGUGCGGGAAACGUGCCGCUCGGAGGGACUCUUUCAGUGGCCGGAGCGUACUGCUUGGAGGGGAGUAGAAGGAUGAUGCUGCCCUGGUCUGCCAAGGACUGCGGCCCGCUGUCCUUCCCCCUGCUGCUGAGCCUGCUGGUGCUGGCCGGGGCUCCCACGGCCAGAGGCUCCAGCCACCACAGAGGCCCUGGCCACGUGAAGAUGGGCACGUGCGAGGUGGUGGAAGCCCACCGCUGCUGCAACAAGAACAAGAUCGAGGAGCGAUCGCAGACCGUCAAGUGCUCCUGCCUGCCCGGCCAGGUGGCCGGCACCACGCGCGCCCGGCCCUCCUGCGUCGAAGCGUCGAUAGUGGUGCAGAAGUGGUGGUGUGAAAUGAAGCCGUGCCUGGAGGGAGAAGAGUGCAAGGUGUUGCCCGAUCGCACGGGGUGGACCUGCUCCAACGGCAACAAGGUCAAAACCACCAAGGUCAGGACGUAGCCUAUGUGAAUGGCCAAGCAAGCUUCUCGGUUCGUCCCUCCGAAGAGAGAAAUUUAAAACAACUUUCGCGGGAACGUUUCAAAAUUUUGCGGACGAAGAUGACGACGACGACGACGACGACUACGACGAAUGGCACGUGACGACGGAGGAGACGAUGCCAAAACCGCGAAAACCACGAUGGCGGAGACACAAUAAAAACAAACCGCCACGUGUGAGUAAAGCGACGGCGUCGUUCGCUCUCCGGGCGAAGACUGCAACGUCGCCGGGCUGCAAAAGACGGGGGCGGUUUUGCCACGUUGGGGGUAACGGUGAGGGGUGAACGGAAGCAUUGGUUAUGCACGCCACGGUGCUUCGUUUGAAGCGGAUGGUUUUUAUUCAACAGAUGUGACUGGCGUCAAAACAGAAGAGUGAAACGGACAAGGGGGUUAAAAACGGGGGGGCGGGGGGGAGCGAGAGAGAGAGAGACUCUUAUAAAAAUCCACGAGAUAAAAAACGCCCCAACACAGUUGUCCCUAGCCUUACGAAAAGACGCAGAGAGAGAGAAAAAAACUAAAAUUGUGGAAAAAAUAUUGAAGUCAAAAGUACCGUGUCAUGAUUUGCAAAUGUAUUUAUACUGAUUUCACUCCGUUUCUUAGCUAAAUUCCAGGGACUCUUUAUUUAUCCGGAGCCUGGUAAAUGCAUAGACAUCUAUAAAGUAAUGUUUUUGUUUACGAUUUGUCUAGAGUGCACGGUAUUGGCUCCAGACGACCCCUCUCCGUCCCUUGCUGCUGCGAGUUCUUUCCGUGCGAGCGUCCUCCUGCGUGCGUGCCCGUCACUCCGUGAGCCGCUCAAUUCUGUCACUUCCUAGGCUUUGCCGUCUCAUUGCUCUCGCCACGGUUGAGGGGGGGUAGUGGCGGGGUGCGUACAGGCAAACGGUAAAGGCGCAAUCUUGCAAUUGCUCGAUCAAGCCACUGCAGGCGAAAGGAAGCUCCUACUAGAGGGAGCUCUGGAAGAGCCACAUCGAGAUGCUAUUUUGCCUUCUGCUCUCCCACGCUGGUUACAGAGACGUCUUGGAUAGAGGUGGGCGAUUUAAGAACGUUGCUCCGCUGGAGAUUGAAUAGUACCCGCCACCUCUGUAUUGCGAGUCAAAGUUGUUUUUUUGUUCCCACCCCGCACCUCCCAUCAGCACGGUCGCCUACGUACGGUGCGAAAGAAGUUCAACGUACGUACGUGCAAGUGGUGCCGACCGUUUGCACCGUGGCAAACAAUUACCGGCUGCUGUUUUCCUCAGCAAAUUUUCAAACAACAACAACAACAACAACCAAAAAAACCCAAAAUAUGAAUUUUUUGGUUGUUGUGUGGUGUCGGUCGCCGAACGACGGUUAUCGACUGCCGACGUCACAGCCACCCACGUGCUCGUCGCGUGCUCGUCACGUGCCCGUCACGUGCCUGCCACGUGCUCGUCACGUGCUCGUCGAGCCGCAAUCCAAAUCAAAAGCCGCCCGCGACGUUUCGCCGGCGUCUGCCGUGGUGGCACGGGCGCAGCUCGAAUUUUGUCCGACUUUCAACGCCCUUGAAACGGGUUUCCUUUCACUACGUUCCAGAAGCCCCGUCGCUUUGUUUCGUUUUAUGGUUUUGAAUAUUUGGACGUGAAGUAGGACCGAUGUGUUUUUUUGGCGAACUCGCGUUGACAUUCGCUCACGUCCUGUUAGUUAGGUUAUUUAUUUACUUGUGUACAAACACAACUUUUAAAGGACCCUUUGAGAUACAAACGAUCAUGGUGUGAGUCUGGGUUACCGAUCACGUUUCGCAGUUUUUUUUUUAAACCGUGUGGCUCUUAUUAGUAAAAACAAAAUGCACACGUACAUGAGACAUGUAACAAUUCGUCGAUUGAAAUCAGUUCUUAUGCUCACAAUUCAAAUAUCGAUUCGUUCAUAUAAAUAUAGGUAUUUUUUAAACUUAAUUUGCAAAGCUAAAUUUACAGGUACAUUUCAUAGCCAUGCCAUUGUUAUGGCUCAAAGACUAUCGUCACAGGCGCCGUGCUUCACGCGGUCUGUGACAGUUUCACAGUAGGGGGAGGCGAUGAUUGCUGUGUGUAUAAUCCCAACUGAGCAAUGUGCACAUGUUUGCAAAUCUGGACCAUGACAUCGGCAAACACAAUGGCCUUCUCCUCAGUGAAUGAUGUCGCCCGGAUCUUUAACGUCCGCAGUGAAUUGGUCGGCGCGUAUUUUAUUGUUAACCAGGGCGGCCGCGCGGGUUUGAACCGCGAACUGCUGAAGCACAAACGGUCAAAGAAACACCGCCGCUUAGCCAACGAUACUAAUGAGACGGUAAAAUUUGUAGAUGAAAAUUUAUAUUAUUAAUAUUAUUAUUCGAUUCUAGAAUUGAACCUUGAGUCCAAAUCGUGACGAAGUAUUGCAUCGCUGAAUCGAUACAUGUCUGGUGAUUGUAUGUACAUAGGUUAUACGAGACAUUACAUCAGCCGUGCCACAUGUUGAAGCAUAACUGACCCAUUUUAUAACUGUGUAUGAGUUAAUGAGGCUUUGUAAAAGGAGACUAUUUUCACUGAAUGUCCAUUAAUUUAACACUUCUACACGACUUGCUUUGACAGGGUGUUAAGCGCUGAAACAUAUUUUCCCGACUGGCACAGUGGUUCGCAUGUAUCGAGGUAGAUUGACCAACGUGCAGUCACUAACAUAUCGUCAUAUUUUGUAGGAGAUUGAUACUUUUUUUGGAGGGGAUGUAUUUAAAGUUAUAUUUUAAUUUGCCUGGGUGGAUGGUGGCGUUUUGUAUUUAUGUGUACGUGCGUUGAACUUCUUUCGCACCGUACGUAGCCAACCGUGCUAAUCCGAGGUGCGGGAGAUGGACAACAAACUAAAUACAAAAUGCAGUCCUAAAGAAAUGAGUUAUCAAUCUAAUGCAAUGCUUUAACGUAAGGCAUUAUUACAGACUUGUUUUAGUUGAAUGCACUCUGAUGGUAAAUUGGAAACAUUUCUCCAGGUUUCUCGCAAUAAACCUUGCCCAUUUGAACUCCACGACACUGACUUAAGAAGCACAUUUCCUGCCCUUUAUUUACACUUUUGGAAAUGCUAUUGUGUUUUAGUGGUUUGGUAUAUUUAAUAAACGUUUAUUUAUCAGUUUGGUCAUUGGAAACAUACAUAUUAUGGUAGAGUAGUGCUUAAGGAUAAAACUACAAUUCCCUGUUGCUACUUUUCUGU